AAUAAAAAAUACGAUCAACUGCAUCUGAAAUCGGCUGAAAUGUAUAAAAAAUUUAGUAGAAAAACGUACCUAAAAGUAUUUUUCUUUCUAUCAUGAUAACAGACAGCGAUUUCAUUUUGGCGAUUAAAUUAUAUCCUGAGCUUUAUCAGAUUGAUAAAGAAAAUAUCGCUGAUGCUGAAGAAAGGAAUAAAGAGUUAUGGUCGCAGUUUGCCCGAGACCAUCAACUUAAAAAUGGUACUGCAGCAAAGCUUAAAUGGUCCCAAAUAAUUUCGCAAUAUGUAUCUUUUCUGAUGUAUGGCACACCUUUCCACUUUGAAAAGGAAAUGCAAUUUAUGCAGAUGCCACUGCUAGGUGCUGGACUUGAAGAUAAUCAAUCUGACUCCGAUAUUGACGAGACAGAAUUAAGAAGGGUUCUAAAGAUUUUUGAAGACUUUCCAACUGAUAUUAUAAAACAAAAUAUUAGGACUUCUGCUACAAAUAUAAUAGCCUCAAAGAAGCGUUCCCUAGUCAAGGGACAAGGAAGUGAAUUGAAUAAAGCAGAUUUUGUAAAGUUCAAUUCAACUGUUACAAAUACGGAAAAACAUUAUGAAACAGAUAUAUUGGACUUAAAUAAUUAUAAUAAAAACGAGAGCGAAGUAAAAGUUGAAUUAGCAGUGAAUAAACUAAGCAGUAAGCAAAACGGACUGAACACUAUGGUUAGCACGGAAAAUAUGUUAACGGCUUUUACAGCAACCACUCAUGCACAGGCAGCUAUUAAGUGUAGUGAAGACACUGGAUCUCCUGGGGGUUUCUCAAGCCUGACUUCACUGGAACUUAUUUUCCUCGGUUAUGCUAAAGUAUUGCAGCGAAUGCCAUUACGAUUGCAGCUGCAGACUAAACGUAAAAUCGCAGAUAUUAUGGAUGAGGCAGAAUUAAAAUUGUUUGAAGACAAAUGAAAUAAUUGAGAAAAUAAAGUUUUUCUUUGAAAAUGA